CGCAAAACAGUGCCAGAGCGUCGCGGAGGGAGGGGAUAUUUUAAUGGCCGUCAGUAGCACUUCAACAUGGAAAAACUCCGGAUUAUUCAUUAUCUAUAAACUUCUUUAGCUCUGCCUCCGUUAUAAAAUAUUUUAUUUUAUAUCCCCCUGUGCUACAGAGAAGCAUUUGGGUAAGAUAUGUUUUUCUAGUGCUCUUUCUGUUGCAGUGGACGGACUUUACCCGCUUGAUUGGUGCGUGAGUAGCUGAUGAGGCCUAACCGGCUGGCUAGGAGACAAGCAGACGGUUAGCUUGAGUUGAAAGAGAAUAUGUAACAUACAACAGCCAACAUGACAUCCAGAUUUGGUAAAACCUACAACCGCAAGGGAGGGGAGGCUAAUUCCAAAUUUGAAGAAGUUUUCUCCAACAAAAAGCCCACCCUGACCACCAAAUGGGGGGAGACCACCUACAAGGCUCAUCUGGGUGGCAAAAACACUUUGCUAAACCCUGGCGCACCUGAAGUCUCCAAGAGGCCAAGGCUUGAGGACAGCGACAGUGAAGAUCCAUUUGGGUUUGACAGCGAUGAAGAAACCAAGGCUGUAGCUUCUGGUAACGCUCCUGACCUGAAAGUACCACAACAGAAUGUACCAAAAACAGUUCCAGCACAGAACAGAGUGACUGCUGCUGUUGAGACAUCUGCACAGAGCUCUGCAAGUAUAACAUCAACAUUUGCAAGUAAGCAAACAUCUGAGAAGGAUGUUAAAAACAACCAGCCAUGGUACAAGAGUGCACUGGCUGGCAACCAAAAACCUGUAUAUGUGACCUACGUCUCAGAGACUGUCCUCAUUGAUAAUGAAAACGUGUCAUUAUGCCAGAUGCCCGUUUCUUCUUUUACUAAUGUAGAUGCCACCAUUUCGGCAAACAUACCAGGAGGAAUACAAAACAUUCAGCCUGCAUGCUCUUAUGAUGGGUCCCUGUCAGAGGAAAUGAAAACUGAGGACCAGGAGCUUUCCACAGAGCCCCCCCCACAACCGGUGGACAACAUUCCCCCUUCCCCGUUCACCUUAAGAGCCUCAAACUGCAAGAAAUACCAACGGCCCCACCGGUCUAAUAAAACGCUAACUGAAUCUGGCGAAAGCUACAAUGAAACACCAGCCGACCCUGUGAAUGCCCAAGAUAAAUCCAACAGUGUCCUUUCUGCUAGUGCUAGCAGCAGUGCUAACACAGCAACCAAGCCUCCAGGCAGAGGGGGUGGAAGGGUGCGGGACUACACGGUUCUGCACCCAUCCUGCUUGUCCGUGUGCAACGUCACUAUCCAAGACUCAAUAGAGCGCAGCAUCGACGAAUUCGUGGCACAACCUACCCCCGCUGACCUUGGGGAAGCAGGUCAGAUGAAGAAGAAGUCGGACACACAGCCACCUAAACCUACUCGGUUCAGGCCUGCUCAAACAAAGACAAAGAAAACUAAAGCAGAGACAAAGCUGGAGUUCUUUGGGUUUGAGGACAAAGAUGCUGAAGGAGAUGAUGCAAGCUCAGAGGGGCCUAUGGCAGGCAAAAGUAGCUACAAGAUCAAGUAUUUUGGCUUUGAUGACCUUAGUGAGAGUGACAGUGAUGAGGAGACCUCUCAGGCCAAAGAGAAAAAGGCCAAGAGAGCAGCCGCAGCAUUGGCUGCUCUGAGCUCCAGCGUUGACAGUCCCCAUACCAGUGACUCUCAGGACAGUCAAGCCAGCAGCAAUACAGAUGCUUUUGAGUUCUCUGAUGAUUCCAGUCCUGGUGUCACUGAGGGACAGAAAGGGCGACCGGGGAAGCAAGGUGACAGAUCCAAGGACUCAGCCACUGGUCUUAAAAAGAUUUUCAGUGGACCCAAAAAGUCUCCUUCUAAAGCUGUGUACAAUGCUCGACACUGGAACCAGCCUGAACCUGAGGAGGUACCUGUGCCUCCACUAUCUAGAGCUCAGACCUCUCCGGCCAUUUUAUCGAGCAGCACCAAGGACAGCAACUCUCAUAAAGACGAUGGCUUGUUCAAAGCCCCGCCACCCCCACCAAAAGUCAUCAAAAUGGAGACCCUCCCUACACGACCCAACCAGGAGAUAGUCACAGCACUCAAAUGCAGGAAAGAAGACAAAGAGCUGUACACAGUGGUGCAGCAUGUGAAGCACUUCAAUGACGUGGUGGAGUUCGGGGAGAAUCAAGAGUUUACUGACGACUUUGAGUACCUGGAGACGGGACUGAAGAGCAGUCAGCCACUUAACACAAGAUGCCUUAGUAUAAUAAGCCUGGCCACAAGAUGUGCCAUGCCGAGUUUCAGGAUGCACCUGCGGGCCAGAGGAAAAGUGGCUCAGGUCUUCAAAAUCCUCAGUGAUGCUCCACAGCAUCCGAACCUUGCUCUGUGCACUGCUGCCCUGAUGUACAUCCUGAGUAGAGAUCGUCUGAACAUGGAUCUGGACCGAGCAUGUCUGGAGCUAAUGAUCAAGCUACUGGAGUUAGACCAGGACUACUCAGGCCAUGAGGAUCAGCUAACUGCAAAGGAAGUGGCAAAAGUCAAGGAGAAGAUCCGAAAGCUGUGUGAGACUGUGCACAACAAGCAUCUCGACUUGGAAAACAUCACAACGGGUCAUCUUGCCAUGGAGGCAUUAUUAUCUCUGACAUCUAAACGGGCGGGUGAUUGGUUCAAAGAAGAACUGCGGCUAUUGGGAGGCCUGGACCACAUUGUCGAUAAAGUGAAAGAGUGUGUGGAGAACUUGAGCCAAGAAGAUGACAAGGAGAAGCUCGUAGAAUCUCUUUGGGGAGCCGAGAGGUGUCUGAGAGUCCUUGAAAGUGUGACUUUGCAGAACGCAGAAAAUCAGGGAUAUCUGAUUGCCUACAAAGACUCUCAGCUCAUCGUUUCCUCAGCCAGAGCUUUGCGGUACUGCGAAGAUAUGAUCCAGCGGUACAGCAGGGCGCUAAACAACAGCUCUUUGUCAUCAUCGGGUGCAACCCUGCCACACUGUAGCUUCAGCAACGUGGGCAAGGCGGUGGAGGACUGCAUGAGGGCUGUCAUAGGGGUGCUCCUCAACCUCACACAUGAUAAUGAAUGGGGAAGCACGAAGACCGGGGAGCAGGAGCAGCUAAUGAUCACCGCUCUAAACUGUGUCCUGCGAGUCCCACACUACAUCCCACAGGAGCAGCGAUUUGAAGUGCGAGUUUUGGGUUUGGGGCUUUUAAUUAACCUGGUAGAGUACAGCUCCAGAAACCGUCACAGUUUGGUGGACAUGGAGUACAGUGUGGAUGACGCGGGUCUGGAAGACAGCCUGAUGCAGCCUGCUGAUCCGACACAAUCAGAGACAGCAGCGCAAUCGGCUGAGACUGAGGGAGACCAGGCUGACACGCCGAAGCCUGCAGGAGCUUUAGCUGCCCUGGUGAAGCUCUUCCUUGAGAGAGAGCGUGCUGCCAUCCUGGCUGAGGCAAAGACAGACGACCUCAUCAGCGAGGCUCCUAAGCCGGCCCUGGACAAAAGCGGAGAGUGGCAGGAAACGUCGGGUGAAAUCCAGUGGGUUGCAUCUGAAACAAACGACAGCCAAACUGAAAAGAAAGAGGAAGAGGAUGAAGAAUUGGACCUAAAUAAAGCUCUGCAGCAUGCAGGCAAACAUAUGGAGGACAGCAUCGUUGCCUCCUACACAGCUCUGUUACUAGGCUGCCUCUGUCAGGGCAGCCAGAUAAAUGUGACUACAGUGAGACAGAACCUUCCUAAAGGGGAUUUUUCUAUAAUGACAGAAAUGCUGAAGAAGUUCUUGAGUUUCAUGAACCUCACUUGUGCAAUGGGCACCACAGGACAGAAGUCUAUCUCACGGGUCAUCGACUACCUGGAACACUGUUAACACACGUUGAACCACAACAAACUCGAGAUAUUCC